AUGAGCUCGUACGGCUACGACCCCUUCUUCCCCUCGUACAAGCGGCGGUACGCCGAGACCCCGCGGCUCCAUGUCUCGACGAUGCGCAGCAGCAGCGGCGGCUACAGCUCUGCGCGCUCGGCAUACUCCAGCCUCUCGGCGCCGGUCUCCUCCGUGUCGGUGCGGCGCAGCUACGCCACCUCCAGCGCCUCCGGCUCCCUCCUGCACUCGGUCGACAGCCUCGACCUGAGCCAGGUGGCUGCCAUCAGCAACGACCUCAAGUCCAUCCGCAGCCAGGAGCGGGCUCAGCUGCAGGACCUCAACGACCGCUUCGCCUGCUUCAUCGAGCGAGUGCAUGAGCUGGAGCAGCAGAACAAGGUGCUGGAAGCCGAGCUGCUGGUGCUGCGGCAGAAGCACGCCGAGCCCUCCCGCUUCCGCGCCCUUUACGAGCAGGAGAUCCGCGAACUGCGGCUGGCCGCCGAGGAGGCGACGAGCGAGAAGCAGGCGCUGCAGGGCGAGCGGGAGAGCCUGGAGGAGACCCUGCGGGGGCUGCAGGCGCGCUACGAGGAGGAGGUGCUGAGCCGGGAGGACGCUGAGGCGCGGCUGCUGGAGGUGCGCAAGGGCGCGGACGAGGCGGCGUUGGCCCGGGCCGAGCUGGAGAAGCGGGUGGACAGCCUGCUGGACGAGCUGGCCUUCCUCAAGAAGGUGCAUGAGGAAGAGCUGGCCGAGCUGCAGGCGCAGAUCCAGUACGCGCACCUCUCGGUGGAGAUGGACGUGUCGGCCAAGCCCGACCUCUCCGCCGCUCUGCGCGACAUCCGCGCCCAGUACGAGAAGCUGGCGGCCCGCAACAUGCAGAACGCCGAGGAAUGGUUCCGCAGCCGCUUCACGGUGCUCAGCGAGAGCGCCGCCAAGAACACCGACGCCGUCCGCGCCGCCAAGGACGAGGUGUCCGAGAGCCGCCGACUGCUCAAGGCCAAGACGCUGGAGAUCGAAGCCACCCGCGGCAUGAACGAGGCGCUGGAGAAGCAGCUGCAGGAGCUGGAAGAGAAGCAGAGCGCCGACAUCUCCGCCCUGCAGGAUACGAUCAACAAACUAGAGAAUGAGCUGAGAACCACCAAGAGCGAGAUGGCUCGGUACCUGAAGGAGUACCAGGACCUGCUCAAUGUAAAGAUGGCUUUGGACAUUGAAAUUGCAGCAUACAGGAAGCUGCUGGAAGGUGAAGAGACCCGCCUCAGCUUCACUAGUGUUGGAAGCAUCACCAGUGGCUACACCCAGACGGCCCCAACGUUUGGCAGGUCUGCCUACAGUGGCCUCCAAUCCAGCUCCUACCUGAUGACGACUCGUUCCUUCCCCACGUACUACUCCAGCCAUGUCCAGGAAGAGCAGAUUGAAAUAGAGGAAACAAUUGAGGCUGCUAAAGCAGGGGAAGCCAAGGCAGCCCCUGCAGAAGAAGGUGAGGAAGAAGAGAAAGAGGAAGGUGAGGAAGAAGAAGGAGGCGAAGAGGCUGAAGAAGAGGAGGAAGGUGCUAAGGAAGAAUCUGAAGAAGCCAAAGAGGGUGAGGAAGAGGAAGGAGAAGGGGAAGAAACCACAGCUGAGGAAGGGGAGGAGUCACAGGAAACUGCUGAGGAAACUGGUGAGGAGGAGAAGGAAGAGAAAGAAGCAGCAGGGAAGGAAGAGAGUGAAGUGAAGAAGAAAGCUUGA